GGUGGAUACAGGGGCAACAUAUUCCACCAUGAAUGCUGUCAUGCCUUCACAUAAACUUUCUGAUCAGACAAUAUCAGUGGUUGGUUUUUCUGGGGUGAAACAGACUCUGCCACUCUCCACGCCUCUGCACACGGCUGUGGGCAGACAGAAAGUGACACAUCCUUUUGUAUGCUCCCCCUCAUCUCCCGUUAAUUUAUUAGGGAGGGACUUGUUGAUUGCUCUGGGGGCGACUAUUUUGUGUGGACCUGAUGGAUUACUUGUCACUUUUCCUGAUGGAUCGUCUCACGCCUGUUCUCCGGUUUAUACCCAUGGACAGUUUUUGCUGCAACAAGCUGAGGAGCAACUGGCUGACAUAUACUGGGGGCGUAUACAGCCGGAAAAGACUGACCAUGCUGGAAUUCUAUCUUGUUUUCUGCUUUGGAAGCCCUGGAUUCAAGCGCUUGCUCCGUAUGGUCCGACCCCUGAUCUGCCCCAUGUUACUUUGUUUUAUGACCGAGACCAGACUGAAUGGUUCCAGGAGCAGUUUGAGACACAUUUAGCCGGUGUUGACUGGACUGUAUUUUCACAGGACAUUUAUGUGGCACCGGAGGGGGUGGCUGCAGCUGUUAAUCUGACUCACGAUCAGUCGUUUUGGUAUAAAAUGCAAGAUGAAGCUGUUCCACAUAUUUCUUUGGCUCUCCAUCCUGGCCAUCAGGCCAGGGAAUUAGGGGGCGUGGUAAAACGCUCCCUGGCAGUUUCAGACUGGCAGGCAACUGUUAAUACAGACCUCUUUUUCUCUCCUUCUACAAACACCUACAGAAUAAAGUGUUCUGCUGUAGAUUCUGUAGUUUUGGAACAUCUUCAACUUCCUAGGCACCAUGGCAGGGAGUUGACUGAUCAUCCAACUGCAGCUGCUAUGUUGGCUUCUCUGCCUGAAUGUCUGUGGGCAACAGGUCCUACGGAUGUGGGGCUUGUUGAUGUCACACCUGUCACUUUUGAUUUGCGACCAGGCCCUCCUAUUUGGAGGUCUCAGUAUCCUCAUAAGCAGGCGGCAGAAGAGGGACUAGCGGAAACAAUUGGGGGUCUUCUGGAGGCUGGUGUGUUAGAAUCUUCCACCUCUUCCUGGAACACUCCUAUUUUACCGGUCGAGAAAAAAGGGACGGGUAAAUACCGCAUGGCACAUGAUCUCCGGGCGAUUAAUUUUGUUUUAUUGACCCCUACGGUGCCAGUCCCUAAUCCUCAUGUUGCAUUAACUAACCUUGAUCCCUCUCAGACUUGGUUUUCGUGUGUGGACCUUGCUAACGCUUUCUUUUGUCUCCCAUUGGCUGAGGAAUGUCGGGACGUGUUUUCUUUCACCUACGGGGGUCAGCAGCUGAGAUAUACACGUUUGCCUCAGGGUUUUGCUCUCUCCCCAGGGCUUUUUAAUCAGGUUUUGAAACAGCAGUUAGCAGACUGCUCGUUACCAGACGGCGUGACUCUGAUUCAGUAUGUGGAUGACCUCAUGCUUGCAGCACAGUCGUUGGAGUCCUGCAUUGAGGCCACGCGACGUUUGCUGUCACACCUUGCUGACGGAGGUUUUAAAGUGAGCAGGUCUAAAUUGCAAAUUGCGAGAAAGCAGGUUUCUUUCUUGGGGCGGACUAUCACUGCGACUGGCACUCAGAUGUCUGCCAGUCACAAAUCUGCUAUUCUUGAUCACCCUAAACCACACACGGUGAAAGACAUGCUGUCCUUUCUUGGUUUGACUGGAUAUAGUAGGAACUAUGUUCCUAACUAUACUGGUUUGACAGACCCUUUACGGGCAUUAGUCAGGGAGCAUGGGACUCGUAAGCUCAACCAGGUUUUGACUUGGACUGUGGAGGCGGAAGAUGCUUUUAUCUCUCUGAAACAGCAAUUGGCUGCUGCUGCCCAGUUGGCUGUCCCAGAUUAUGCUUCGCCCUUUUAUUUGGAUGUUUCUGUUACAGAACUGACGGUUAAUGCAGUUCUGUUUCAGAAAAAAGGGGGAGACAGGAGAAUCCUCCAAUAUGUCAGCACAAUGUUGGAUCCGAUGGAAAAAAGACAUCCGACAUGUACAAGACAUGCAGCAGGUGUGGGAAAAAUGAUUCAAAAGACAGCACACAUUGUGAUGGGUCAUCCAUUACAGGUUAUGACAUCACACAGCGUGGUGGCAUAUGUGAAUUCACAACAUUUCACAUUAACUACAUUGAGACAACAAAAACUGAGCAAAAUUCUGGAAUCACCUAAUAUAACUUUUGUACAUAUCGGAGCGAAUAUGGCUGACAGGAUGCAAGAUGGACAGCCACACAACUGUGACGAAUUAGUACUGAAGGAAGAAAAGAUAAGACCGGACCUACAAGCUUCUCCUCUAGAAGGUGAAGAUGUGAAAAACUUUUAUACAGACGGUUGCUGUUUUAAACAUGACACAGACGGUUUGAGAGCAGCAUAUGCGAUAGUGGAAGACUUGGGCAGUGAGUUUCGUGUUUUGAAGGCAGAAAAGCUGCAGGGUGCCCAAUCGGCACAGAGGGCAGAAGUAAAAGCAAUGGUCGAAGCACUGAAACUGGCUGAGGGAAUGAGGGUGAAUCUUUACAGUGAUUCAGCGUAUGUGGCUAGCGCUGUACAUGUGGAACUUCCUCAGUGGCUCAGAGCAGGAUUUAUGACUGCAACACAAAAGCCCAUAAAACAUGAAACUGAAAUGAAAGAAUUGGCGGAGGCAUUACUGUUACCUCAGUCUGUGGCUGUGAUUAAAUGCAAGGGACAUGAUCAGAGCAAGACCAGAGUUGCAGCAGGAAACGCAGCCGCGGAUGAGGCCGCUAAGAGGGCAGCGGGAUACCUGACAUCUCUUGUGAUGGUGAGUACUGAAUUUGAACAGGUCGAACAAAAUCACUUUGAAAAAAUUAUUUCUCAUCAGAAAACCGUGUCACCUGAGGAACGAUCAGUCUGGAGAGCAAGAGGUGCCGUCUGCAAUGAAGGACUCUGGCGGGGACCAAAUGGUAAAGUAAUUCUUCCUCCAAAUAUGAGAUUCCAGGUUUUCCAGGAAGCUCACGGACUCGGACAUGUGGGUAUUGCACAGAUGCUAAAAAAUCUAGAGCACUGGUGGCAUCCAUUUUUGAGAGACAUGGUCAAGGAAUAUGUGAAAACAUGUGAAAUUUGUGGACAACACAACGCAAAACCAACUAUUCGGCCACCAGCGGGACAUUUCCCUUGUACUACACAACCGGGUAAGGAAAUAAUUAUUGAUUUCACAGACAUGAUAACACCCGUUAGAGGAUACAGGUAUGUAUUAAUGUGUGUGGAUGCAUACUCGGGCUGGCCGGAGGCGUGGCCAGCAAAAAAGGAGGACAGCAAAACUGUCAUAAAGUGUCUGAUCAAUCAUCACAUUCCGACCCAUGGAUUUCCAGAGAAGGUGAGAUCAGAUAACGGCACUCAUUUUAGGAACCAAGAUCUGCAGAAAGUGGAGCAGCUGCUUGGAUUGAAGCAUUCUUUCGGUACAGUAUAUCAUCCUGAGUCACAAGGCAAGGUUGAGAGGUUAAACCAAACUAUCAAACAAAAAUUGGCCAAAGUAUGUGCACAUACCAAAUUAAAUUGGGUAGAUGCUUUGCCUAUUGCUUUGAUGUCUGUUCGAAUGUCUAUUAAUCAAACAACAGGGUUCUCUCCAUUCGAGCUCCAGACCGGACGGAUUUUUCCAGGACCUGGGAGUCGCGUGCCCGGAUGGAAAGGUGAACUUGCACAUUUAUCUCAUAAAGAUUUCUUUACUGAGUUACAGAGUCUGGCUGCGGAAUUUGCAAAAUACCAGACGGCACAGGAGCGUCCAGCUUCAGGACCAGUUCCAGGAAUCGACUGGGUGUGCCUGAAGGUCAUCAAACGGAAGUGGUCUGAACCUCGCUUCACCGGACCACACCGAGUAGUGGAGAGGACGUCCCAUGCUGUUCGUCUACAAGGGAAAGGAGACACCUGGUUUCAUUGGAGUCAGUGCACAGCAGCCGACGAGCCACAACGUGCGCUCCGAGACGUACAAGACGAGCUACGACUUCAAUCUUCGGACGAGGAGCAACGCCAGGUGCUUCCAGGGGGGAGUGUAGCAGGAAUUCCUGCCACAACCACUUCAGGUUCCUGAAAUUCAAAGUUCAAAAGGCUCGGACGGGCAUAAUAAUCCUGUUCCGAUGUCCUUCCAUUGAGGAAGAAGGAGAUUUCAUACUCUCCUUAAAAACUCACUGUUAUAUUGGCAUAAUAAUCCAAUUUUCAGUGAGCAACGGCUGCGAAGGUGGAAACUUGAGGUUUCCAACCGAGGAGGAUCAGGCUACAAGAAGAUCCACAUUAACUCAUUUUAUUGCGAGUUUUCGUUUUUGCGAACUUUAAAAGAACUUUCGUCUUUGCGCGUAAUUUUUAUCAUUUUUUGAAGAAGAUUUCAUAUUUUGUUUUUUACAGACUAUCAAAGAACAUUUGAAAAAAAAAAAAAAAAAGAAGAUAUUGUGUAAUUCUUUAUCUCUGCAUGUUUUUGAUUUGUGGCGAGUAUUUUUAAGUUUCCAGAACACUUUUUAGUUAGUGUUAUGUGCAUAUCUUAGUCUUAUUUUUGCAUUUUUACAUUUUGGGGUGUUAUGUGUACUGUGUUUUGGGUUGCAUUAUGAUAAUUGAGUUUAUAAUUUUUUCAUAAUUGUAGAAUGAUAAGUGCCUUUCAUGUUUAAUUUUACCGGUGAAACUUUGCGGUUAAAAGGUGAGUAUUAAAAUUGUUGAAUAACGCAGGAUUACAAUUGACAGGUUCACAUGAUGGGGGUCAGCUUAAGAUACAUGAACUGGGAGUGGAAGUUUUUGCUAGGUGUGUUUCUUGAACUCAAUUUGCUGGGAAUGUGGGUUUUCGGAGGAUCCACGAGUGGACUCAUUUCCUCACAGACACUUGAUCUCCGACCGAGUUUUGUCGAGUGCGGAGUGUCUUGCGGAAAUGCGACUAUUCGUGUGGAGCGUUCUUUGAGACCUCCUGUUGAUAAGUGCCUCACUAAGUAUCGUGGAAUUGAGUUGAACUAUACUCUGGGUACUGUAACUAAUUACCAAAUUGAUCUGUGUGAGGUAAUUCGUCGCUGCUGGUCGACUCCUCAAUCCUGGCAGAAGACAUCUGUGUAUUUGUGUGGUGAUCUGACCUUCCAGCGACAUUGUAUUACUCAGGAAAAUGGGGUUCGACACUUGUGUCCCACUUGGAAAUCGGCUUUCAGAUGGGUGGGAUCAAGUUGGAGUCCACCGUAUGCUCAUAAAUCUGUCACUGAAUAUGACAAGGUUACCAUAAGACGAGGGACUUUAAGACAUUCUCCAGCGACGGGUAAAAAUCCUUUAGUGCUAACCAUUUCCUCGAUGCACGAUGUUUUCUUUAAACAGUAUCCGGCAGAUUCAGCUGUUUAUUUGGCUCUAGGUGCUUCAGUGGAUGAUAAAGAUCCACUUGGGAUUAUCAAAAUUAAUAUGGUUAGACCUGAGGGGGAGGAAGACAGGGACAUGGAAAUUCCUGAUCAGCAUGCGGCUAAGAUUGAUUACACAGCAGUUUCACCAUUGGACAUCAUUCAAACAGCGACUGGGUAUAGGGAAAAAAAAUUUAUGGCUGAAUUGGAUGGUUCAAACGGCUAAAGAAACUAAUAUUGGGAACUGCAUUGCAUGUGCUACAGCUAGACCUCAUUUGUUUACUGAACCUGCCCCAUUACACUUGGGAGAUAGUUGGGGUUUUAAUUGCAUGCUGAGGUUAACAACUGAGGCAGAUCCCGUAAAUUGUGAUGCGCUUGCCAAAAUAUAUCCACCUAUUAAUAACUAUACUCAGACGGGAACUUUUCUUCCGGUUAAGGGUAAAGGGUUGUAUGUGUGUUUUAAUUUUACUCAUCUUAAGCCCGAUUUCAAUCUGGGACAGAUUUCUAGUGAUUGGUGUAAUGUUACUUUACCAGCGGCCGGAAUCGGGAGUUGGGCAAGAGCUGGACUUUAUUAUUUUUGUGGGGGUGAUAGAUUAUAUGUGCGUAUUCCUCCUAAGACUGUUGGAGUAUGUGCUAUGACUCGCCUGGCUGUGCCAC